AAAUGCGGGUUUAGGGUUUCUUUCGCGGUAACCAUUCACCUCAUAAACCCUACAUCUCUUUGCCUCUAAAAAAACACAACUAUUCGGCAAUCGGCAAAUUUCGAUCUUUACAAUGCUUGGUUGCAGAAGCUUGUUAAAGCAAAUCAAGAAGAGAAAGAGAAGAAAAUCCCACAAAUGUAUUACCAAAAAUCCUAAACGAAAAAUCGAACAAGAACAAGAAGAUUGUGCUGCAGAAGAUGGAUUCAGCUUAAAGGGUUCUUCACCAUCACAGAACUAUGGAGUUCAGCCAUUGGGGAAUUUCUACUUUAGCUCGUCUCCUCACAACUCAAGGAACACAGGCUUAGGUAACAUUCAAACCCUAACUGACGAGCUUGUUCUUGAUAUUCUAGGGUUUUUAAGUGGUACCGAUUUGGGGAUUUUGUCAACUGUGAGCAAAUCGUUUUAUGUGUUCUGUAAUCACGAACCUCUUUGGAGGAAUCUUGUAUUGGAGAAUUGUGGUGAUGGGUUUUUGUUCAAAAGGUCUUGGAAAUCAACUUAUGUUGCUACUUAUCAGCCUUCUUUUGAUGUUUCAAAGGUUGGAUCUUUAGGGUUGAAGGUUAAAGAUUUUUAUUCUGAUUAUUUGUUUCAGAGUUGGCUUUGUGCCAAUCUUGAGAUGAAACAUGAAUGGCUAGAUAGAGACAAUGUCAUUAGAAGAAAAGGGAUUUCUCUUGAUGAAUUCAUCUCGAAUUUUGAGGAACCGAAUAAGCCGGUUUUGUUAGAGGGGUGUUUGGAUAAUUGGCCUGCAUUAGAGAAAUGGGAUAGAGAUUAUUUGGUGAAGGUUUGUGGUGAUGCUCGAUUUUCGGUUGGGCCUGUGCAGAUGAAACUAGACGACUACUUUAGAUACUCCGAUCAAGCACAGGAAGAGAGGCCGUUGUAUCUUUUUGAUCCCAAAUUCGCAGAUAAAGUUCCAAAGUUGGAUCAAGAUUAUGAAGUUCCACUCUAUUUCAAUGAGGAUUUGUUUAGUGUUUUGGGGGAGGAGAGACCGGAUUAUAGAUGGAUCAUCAUUGGACCAGCAGGGUCAGGUUCGUCAUUUCACAUUGAUCCUAAUUCGACGUCAGCUUGGAAUGCAGUGGUGAAAGGGUCAAAGAAAUGGGUAUUGUUUCCCCCUGAUGUGGUUCCACCAGGGGUGCACCCAAGCUCGGAUGGUGCUGAGGUGGCAUGUCCCGUCUCAAUAACCGAAUGGUUCAUGAACUUCUACGAGUCUACCAAAACCUGGAAAAAGAAGCCCGUAGAAUGUGUGUGCAAAGCUGGUGAAGUGAUCUUUGUGCCUAAUGGAUGGUGGCAUCUGGUUAUAAAUCUUGAAGAUUCGAUUGCCAUCACACAGAAUUUUGUUAGCAGGAGGAACUUGUUAAAUGUGAUGGAGUUUCUGAAGAGACCAAAUGCCAGCAGCCUCGUUUCUGGAACAAGAGAUCGGGUGAAUCUACAUGAUAAGUUCAGGAAUGCCAUUGAAGCAUCGUACCCUGGAACCAUCGAUAAAUUGGUGCUGGAAGCCGAGAAGAAAAAGGCUGAGCAGGAGAAACCUUCUUUCUGGGAUUCGGUAAAAGACUCCAACUCGGGUGCUUUUAAGUUCUCUUUUUAGAGUCUACAAUCUCUUAAUCGAGAAGUGCGCUGUUUGUUGUUGUUUCUUGUAUUCGAUUCAUAUACCCGAUUGUUUUAUUGAUUCCAUUGACUUCUUGCCAAUAUUGGUACAUUUUUGCCAAUCAUCCUCUCUUUUUGUAACCUCCUUGUAUUUAUCU